AAUGUCAUUUCCGGUUCAGACACUCGCUAGCUUCCGGUUUUCGACAGCGGACGGCGUUCCUCCGAAAAUACCGACUCUUUUCACCUCUCCUGGUCCCAAAUCACGACAAAAAUGUCCGAGGAUAGUCAACAAGACAGCAAGAGGCAGAAGACGAACUUCAUCAAGGCGACGAAUGUGUACCCUCAGCAGCACCAUGUGAGCAGGACAAAGCGUGGACAGGUCCUCGGUCAGCGCGGCGGCUUCCGUGGCUGCUGCAUCUGGCUCACCGGUUUGUCCGGCGCAGGGAAAUCCACCAUCGCCUUCGCUCUGGAGGAAUACCUGUGUGGGAAGGCCAUCCCAUCCUACACCCUUGAUGGAGACAACAUCCGUACGGGGCUGAACAAGAACCUGGGCUUCACGGCCGAGGACCGAGAGGAGAAUAUCCGCCGUGUGGGAGAGGUGGCAAGGCUGUUCGCCGACGGUGGCAUCGUGGCCAUCUCUGCCUUCAUCAGCCCCUUCCAGAAGGACCGUGACACGGCCCGUAAGCUUCAUGAAGACAACGGGCUGAAGUUCAUCGAGGUUUUCGUAGACACGCCUCUGGAGGAGUGUGAGCGUCGGGAUGUCAAGGGCCUGUACAAGAAGGCUCACGCAGGACAGAUCAAAGGCUUCACCGGAAUCGACUCUCCCUAUGAGCGUCCUGAGAACCCGGAGAUCGUCAUCAAGACCACGGAGUUGGCUGUGGACGAGUGUGUGCAGACCAUCGUCUCAGUCAUGCAGGAGAAUGGUAUCGUCCCGCGCUCUGCCAUGGAGACUGUGAGGGAACUGUUUGUCCCUGAGAACAAGCUGGAGGCCGCUCGCUCUGACGCCGACAGUCUGGCAACGCUCAAGAUCAACAAGGUGGACAUGCAGUGGUGCCAGGUGCUGGCUGAGGGCUGGGCCACGCCCCUCUCAGGGUUCAUGAGGGAGAGGGAAUAUCUGCAGUGUCAGCACUUCGGCAUCAUGAUGGACGGUGGUGUGACGAACCAGACCAUCCCGAUCGUGUUGGCGUGUUCCACGGAGGACAAGGAGCGUCUGGAGGGGAGCGCCGCCAUCGCGCUACAGUACGAGGGCAAACGCGUCGCCAUCCUCCGCACGCCCGAGUUCUUCGAACACCGGAAGGAAGAGAGGAGCUGCCGAACCUUCGGGACAAGCAACAAGGGACAUCCCUCAGUGAAGAUGAUUUUCGAGAGUGGUGAUUGGUUGGUUGGAGGCGACCUGGAGGUGCUGGAGCGAAUCCGGUGGAACGACGGCCUGGACCACUUCCGUCUGACGCCCAACGAGCUCCGGCAGAAGUUCCGAUCGAUGGGCGCGGACGCGGUCUUCGCAUUCCAGCUGCGAAACCCCGUCCACAACGGUCACGCGCUGCUGAUGCAGGACACCAAGAGGAGGCUGCUGGAGAGGGGGUACAAGAAACCGGUGCUCCUGCUGCAUCCACUGGGUGGUUGGACCAAAGAGGAUGACGUUCCCCUGCCAACGCGUAUAGAGCAGCACAAAGCAGUGCUGGAGGAGAAAAUCUUGGACCCAGAGAGCACUGUGCUGUCCAUCUUCCCAUCCCCCAUGCUGUACGCAGGCCCAACAGAGGUUCAAUGGCACGCCAAAGCCCGCAUGUCCACAGGAGCAAACUACUACAUUGUGGGUCGUGACCCUGCCGGCAUGCCACACCCUGACGGGACAAAAGACCUGUACGAACCCACCCACGGCAGCAAGGUCCUAACCAUGGCCCCAGGACUGACCCAGCUGGAAAUCGUUCCGUUCCGUGUCGCUGCCUACAACCUGAAGAAACAGCAGAUGGACUUCUACGACCCUGAGAAGAAAGAAGACUUCCUCUUUAUAUCAGGGACCAAGAUGCGUAAGUUUGCUCGUGAGGGCGAGCAGCCUCCGAGCGGGUUCAUGGCCCCGAAAGCCUGGACAGUCCUGUCUGACUACUACCAGUCACUCGGCAAGGCCAAGGCCUGAACACCACCAGCUCUGUAGCCAGUCAUGUGUGAUAGGUGUUACUCUAAUCUCCAAGCAGAUCAUACGGUGGCAAGACAGUAUCCAUUGGCCAGAGGAGUGUCCAUUAGCCACUGAAGGGUGGCAAAUGGAUACUGUCUGGCUAAUGGA